AUGAAAACUUUAUUAGUAUUAUUUUUCAUUUUGAUAAAUUUCGGACUUGAAAGUAAGCUUGAAGAAACAUUUUACUGGGUUUAUUGAUAAAAUUUUAAGGCUCAUCAAAACCUACUUCAACUACCAUUUUACCCAAACCUAAAGCUGAAACAGUUAUAAGUUGUCCAUGGCAAAGGAACGGAGAAGUUUGUCCGAUAAAAGAAGCUGGUCAUAAAUGUCCAUUUUGUGAGAUGCAAAAGAAACUCGCCUCAUCGACACUUGCUCCAACUCUUUAA